CACUCUCUUAUAAAUACUCUCUUCUCUCCUGCAUUCCCUCUUCUCUCUUAUACAUCAUCUACCUCCGCCUCCGCCUACCUUUCCUUUAUGGCUACCGCCGGUGGUACUAAGGCCGUCGACCGGAUAAAAGGUCCUUGGAGUCCCGAAGAGGACGAGUUGUUGCGCCGCCUCGUCCACACCUACGGCGCCAGGAAUUGGUCUCUUAUAAGUAAGUCCAUCCCUGGGAGAUCUGGCAAGUCUUGCCGACUCAGGUGGUGCAACCAGCUUUCGCCUGAGGUGGAGCAUCACCCUUUCACUCCCUAUGAAGAUGACACCAUUAUCCAGGCUCACUCCAGAUUCGGCAACAAGUGGGCCGCCAUUGCUCGUCUUCUUAAUGGUCGCACUGAUAACGCCAUCAAGAAUCACUGGAACUCUACUCUCAAGCGCAAAUGCUCCUCCUCCAUUGCUGAUGAUUUCAAACACCACCCUCCCAAGAGAUCCGCCAGUGUGGGUGCUGCUCCCACCACCGUCGCUUCGCCUUUCUAUUUCAAUCACAGUAGCCCAUCUGACUCCGACUUGAGCGAUUCUAGCCUACCUGGAAUGUCUUCUUCGCAGGUCUGCAAAUCUUUCUCGCCCGAUGCUUUGAUUUCUCAGUCAGAUCAGCCGCCGAUGGAGACCUCCACCGAUCCUCUCACCUCUCUCACCCUCUGUCCGCCUGGAUCCGACUCCUCGGAGGUACCAAAACUCGCAUCCGAACCCGAUCAGGCACCUCAGCAGCCAGUGCAGAGUUCGGACAAGCUGAGAAUUGAGAGCAAGUUCUUCAGCUCAGAAUUCUUGGCUGUGAUGCAGGAAAUGAUUAGGAAAGAAGUACACGACUACAUGUCUGGGAUGGAGCAAAAAGGUCUGUGUUUGCAAACGGAGGCCAUUAGAAACGCAGUCGUAAAACGGAUUGUUAUAAACAAGCGCGAUUAAUAGCAGCCCUGAGAUGACAAAGAAGUCAUCGCGUCACUCAAAAAGUUCUCCUUUUUGUGUUUAUUUUCUUCUUUUCUCCUUCCCCCUCCCCUGAAUUUAUAGAUGACAAUAAAUUUUGGUAGUGUACAGAAUGAAGAACGCCAAAUUUGGGGGGCUGAACAAGGCAGAGAACUUCAAAUACAUAUAUCAUAUAUGAUAGAAUUAGAUCAUCUGUUCAAAAGGGCUAUCUUUUAGAAAGUUUGGGCAAAAUUCCUGUUCGUCGAAAUCGAGUCGAUGUAAGAAUAAUGACGAAAAGAACAAAAAACGAGUUCAGUUAUUGGAAAUUUUAGAACUUGCAUCUUUUGA